GGAGGAGGGAAAGAAGAGAGGCAUGAGCGCAGCGGGUCUCCUGCAGAGAAAGCAGCCCAGAAGAGUGACUUUACCGCGGGCUGAUAGGAGGAUUUCCUGAUGCGCCACUCAUGCGUAAAACCCUGGCACCGUGUCCAAGGCGCACAGCUAAGACUGAGAGGAGACGCCAAAACCCCACAGCACAAGUGAGCUCCGUGACAGCGUGUCGGGGUUCACGCGCAGCCUGCACAGAGCCGUCUUUGGACCGGAGAAGACGAGAAAUAGCAAAGAGGAUCCCCGUGAAGAGAAAGAAAAAAAAGGAAGAGAAAGGACGAGGUUUUCUGCAUCUUUUGAUUGUUCCCCCCCCCCCCCCCCCCCUUUUUUAACGGAGAUCUCGCUCCUUUGAAGACGCGGAAUCGCAGCUGAAAGUGAAACGCGCACGGUGUGCUGAGCUUGAUGCUCUGGACUCGCCCGGAAGCUCCUGGACUGAUAUCAUUUUUCCCCUUUAAAAACGUUUUUUUUUUCUUUAUAUUUUUUUCCUUUUAUUUUUUUUUUCUAAAGCUGUGAUUGUCUGUAGAGAAAAUGCGAGGUAAGAGCAGAUGUUGCCUCUGAUGAAAACAUCCCUCAAACACAAUCAAUCCUGCUGACAGCCACUCUCCUCUGGGAUUCUUCUGCUGAUCGUCCGGGUGUUCCUCUGUGUUAUCCAGCUUUUUUUUUUCUCCAGUAACACAAAAGAGAAGAAUCAAAUGAUAACCUGGCAUUUUCUCAGCUAUGUGAUUGUUGCCUAAUUACUCGCCAAUGUGGAAAGAGGGUCAAACCCUUAGAAUUAAUAUAGAAUUUGUGGAUUGUUGCAUGGAAAUGGUCACAGACUCAUAGUGUCAUUCUGCGUCCUCUUUCAUUUCCAACAUGGAGAAUGUCUCUGUCCACAGUGCAGAGCUGCCAGCCUGUAACGACUCUGUGGACUUCUACUCCCCCAGGUCAGGAAACAGGACGGACUUGAACUGCACUCACACCUCUGGCUAUUAUGACCUGUACGUCAUUUUACCGGUGAUCUACUCCAUCAUCUGUGCUGUGGGACUGACGGGCAACACAGCAGUCAUCUAUGUCAUUCUGAAAGCCCCCAAAAUGAAAACAGUCACCAACAUGUUCAUCCUGAAUUUAGCCAUCGCAGAUGAUUUGUUCACGCUGGUGCUGCCCAUCAGCAUAGCUGAACACUUGCUCAGCUACUGGCCCUUUGGUGAGGUUUUGUGCAAAGUCAUCCUAAGCAUCGACCACUACAACAUAUUUUCCAGUAUUUAUUUUCUGACCGUUAUGAGCAUUGAUCGCUACUUGGUAGUUUUGGCCACUGUGCGGUCCAAACGCAUGCCUUACCGCACCUACAGAGCCGCCAAGAUCAUCUCUUUCUGUGUCUGGAUCCUGGUCAUCCUCAUUGUCAUACCAUUCACCGUUUUUGCUGGUGUCUAUGUCAACCCAUUUGACGGACGGAAGAGGUGUGGGCUGAGCCUUCCCAACCCAGAGACGUUAUGGUUCAGGACCAGUCGGAUCUACACUCUCAUUCUGGGUUUUGCCAUCCCGGUCUCGACCAUCUGCAUAUUAUACACCAUGAUGCUCUACAGGCUCAGGAACAUGCGACUCAACAGCAACGCCAAGGCGCUGGACAAGGCCAAGAAAAAGGUCACCAUCAUGGUGUUUAUCGUUUUGGCCGUCUGCCUGUUCUGCUGGACGCCGUUCCACCUGAGCACCAUCGUGGCGCUGACCACAGACCUGAAGACCACGCCCCUACUGAUUGGCCUCUCCUACUUCAUCACCAGCCUGAGCUACGCAAACUCCUGCCUCAACCCCUUCCUGUACGCCUUCCUGGAUGACAGUUUUAGGAAAGCUUUUAAGAAGAUGUUGGAGUGUCGACCAGCGUGAAUGUGUCAAACAUUCAGUUAGCCUUUACGGGGAGGGGGGGGGGGAUGAGGAACAGACUGCUGUUUUCUUUUCAUAUCUCACAAAUCUUUGUGGAAAGUUUGGAUGUUCAGUUUUCAAGUUAAUUUGUAAAACAUUUGAAGGGAAAGUCCACUUCUUACAGCAUUUUUCAAACCACCCUGCAUGGUAAUGUCUUGCUUCAACAGUGACCGUAAACAGACGGACAUUUGUUUAUUUAAUGCCCCACUUCAUCCGCUCCGCAGCUUUCUGGAUGCGACGCCUUUUUUAAACAACUUUGUCCUGAGAGCAAAUGUCUAUAUUUACUUUUUAUUGAAAUCAUCCGUCUCGUAUGUGGCCAACAGACUUGCCUGCUGUGGCUUUUGUGGCUCUAAAAGCACAGAGAAUUCAGUGCAAGUUGUGGGAACAAUGUUUGCAUAAUUAGGGAUUUGUAAUGACUGGCUUUUAAAAAAAAAAAAAGGUUUGCUUUCAAUCUGUUGGGUUUGUAAAACCUCCACUCCCAGAGAACUGAGGAAGGUCUCUGAGGAAAUCAAACAUUUGUUGUGUGGAAAAGAGGCUGUUCGGCACAAAAACCCUGAUUUGCAUUUUGACAACAGUUAGGGUUUACAGGAGGCAUGUUACAAAAAAAAAAGGAAAUGUUCUAGCAUUGGAUCAAAAAACUUCCCACACUUACAUCCUGUAAAAACAAAGCAGAAAAAUGUUUCAUUGAACAUUCAGAAAAAAGCUCUGAAAUUGUGAAUGCAAAAAUGAAUCUGCCUUUAAAGUAUUAGUUUCUUCAGUGAUUUAAUGACUGAGGAGAUUAAGUAAUUAGAAAGAAUGCUGAGUCUCUGAGGAGACUAAGUUGUCUGUUUGUUUCAUUUGAAUUCCAAAAUUCACCAAACAUUGCUGCCUGAUAAAAAGUAGGCAUGGGACAGGAGGGCUCUGUAAAAAUGUGUUCAGGCGCUGCAAGAAUCUCUUUUGUGAGCUUCUGUUGCCCCCUACUGUCCACAGGCUGCUGUUGACGUGAAAAUGGAGACAUUCUAAUGAUGUCCCUCGAUGUUCCAUGUAUGUUUCAGUUCCUUUUUUUUUCCUUUUGACUAUUUUUUCUGACUUUUUAAGAUAUGGAUCUGAAAAAAGAAGCACCUUUAUGAUGUUUCAGGUUCAAACAGAAACAGCUCCGUGGAAAGUCAAAAUACAGGUAAAAAAGCAAAAUAUUUCUUUUUUUAGUGGUAUUUUAUCUUUUUUUGCUCUAUAUUUGCUUCCCUCCAUAUAAAAAAAGUCUGUUAACAAACCCUGUAACUUUUUUUUUGGUUUCUUUUUAAUUCUAGGAAAAUACCAGAAUCUCUAUCUUUAUACAAUAUUUCUUUCUUCCUCAUUCUAAAAGAAUGUCAGGACAAUAAGUCCAAUGUCAUCAAUCAAAACCUGAGAAGAACUAGUGUUUUUUUCCUCAAGUAAAAAAUUGAGUUUUUACUUUUAUCUGAUCAUUACACUAAAGUGAAGCUACCUUUACUAGUGAGGAUUUUGGCUACACACCCCAGUGUUGCAUAUGGUUUAAAAAUGUGAGAGCUCCUGUUUUCAUUGUUCUGCUCUACUGAAGCUGCAUAUGUGCUUUCUGUGCAACGUUUGCUUAAAAAGCACACAAACCCAGAUGUCUGCUAAGUUAAAAGUGAUGAAGACAUUUUAAAGUAAAAAAAAAAAACAACAACCUCACUUUAACAUUUUGUGUUAAACUGAACAUAGAAGUUCAUGUUUGUGUUUGAAUGCAUCAUUUAUAGAUGGACAUUUUUGCCGUUGUAAACUUCAAUGAAAGCAUUUUUCUCUAUUUAAAGCUAAAUCUCUAAUUCUCCAAACUUUCACAACUGUGCACCUCUUAAAAAGCAUGUCCUCAAGUCAGAUUUGGCAAAAUCUCUGACUGUACUGUGCAUUUCUUACCGCAAAAACAGACUGAUAUAUGCUGUAAAUACUUCUUUUUUGGCAUCUGUACAGCUGAAUGUAAAGUAUUAACAUUGGUUGCUGAAUCAAAUAGGAAAAUAUGUACAAUGAAUGUAAAAAGAAUUUACAUUUUUACUUCUAAAACAAAAACAAAAUUCUGAAAUAUUUUGUUUUGGGACUGACAUUAGUCAGUUUGACUGCAUAGUUUAUUUUUCUGUUUUCAUUUUCCAGCUGGUAUAAUUUUUGAAUCACAGAUGUUAUCAGAGUAUAUCAGAAAAUAAAGCCUUUUACUGUGCUUCUAUACAUUAAAAUGACCUGCAUUAAAUGCUGGUGAAGUCUCAUUAC